GAAUAGAGUCUUGUCGGCAUAUUCUCUUGCUUUACGCCUGCCUACACAAUACACUGUGCGCUGCGCAUAAAGAGAGGGUAAGGGAGGCAGCAAGGGCUUAUAGCAACAAUAAUCCACAACACUUACACGCUCUUAUCCCGUACUCGUCCCGUGUCUAUUAGCAUACUCAUUUGUAUAUCUACAGACAGAAUCGCUCUCCAAUCAAUCAUCUCAACAAACAAAAACCAUCAAUUAUGUGUUCGCGGUGAAAUGAAAGCUUCAGUGCAUUGAAGCAAAAGCGCACAAACAACUUAUACAACAAUGCCUCGUGCUGGCACUGGGCCGAUCACAAUGGCAGAAGAUCCGACAACUUUAACACAUUCUUCUUUUGCUGCUGGAGGUGGUGGUGAUUAUGAUAUUCACAGUAGCAGCCCUUCUUCCUCUUCUAUGGAAAGGUCAUCAAGUCGCUUCACUACAAACGUUUCAGACUUUCAACUUCCUCUACGAAAUGGAUCAAUAGCCAAUACAAUCACAGCGCCAAAUAGUCGAAAUGAUGCAGAAUACGGCGUUACCUCUACUUCACUUCCUUUGCUCAGAAGGGCGGCUGCAGCAGCUGCUUUUGCUAAUGCCAGCAGUCGAUCGCGACUACGAAGAGGUAGUAUGCUCGGCAGAGAAGUGCCAAAGGAUGAAGGAUUGACCAGCAGCGAAGAGGAUGAGGAUAUGAGCGCACCCGUCGAUAAAAGCCCUUCGCCGAACAAUGACUCUUCCUUUCUUCACAAAAAUGCACAAUCAGAGCAAGAUACUUUGGACGAUGAUAUGCAGAUAGAGACAGGAGAUGUGUCACUGGAAAAUGUCAAAUUGGAAAGUCGUUCACGACCUAGUACACCACCUCCUCACAUCUCUUCCGGUACAACUUCAGAUAGUCCUGGAACACCAUUCGAAUUAGGCAAAGCAGCUCGAGGUGGACAAACAAGAAGAGGUGCAGGUCGUAGUAGAGGGAGUCAGGGCUUUCGUGAUAGAGGUGUACAGCGAGUUGCGGCAUCUUUGCGAGACGAAGCACGUCCGUCAGAUAGUGAGAUCGCUUCAGAAGCCAAACUUCAACGAAAGCUAGCACCUGAAAGCGAAUCGAUCACUCCCAAUACACCGAGAUUGUUGGCGGUUGGUGCACGAUCACCUGUUGCACUACGAAAACAGCAAGCAUCCUCUACAGCAGGACAAGCGAGCAAUAGCGUCCAAGCAUUUGAUGAUGACGACCUCAUGUUUCAUGAUCACUUUGAUCCAUACGAUGGUGCUGAUUCCAGUGACGAGGAAGAGUUUGGCUCCGUUUCCGCUGCGAAAGUAGGCCACACUGCCAAUCUUGCAAAUACGUCAAACGAAGAAGAAAAUGAAGUUCAACAACAUGCUGAUGCGAUUGCUAUUCCAGGUGCUGCAACUUCUCAAAGAGAGAAACUCUGGCUUGGCUUUCGUGAAUCUACACCGGCUGCUGGUUUACGUAAUUCUCCUGGAUCGGAAAGAGUGCUUGGAAAAGGUCGCCCGAUUCCAAUGGGCGGUCCAGGUAAUGGGUUGUCUUCUUCUUAUGGAUCACCUUCUUUGGAUACAGCAAUGGAUGCAGAACCUGUUGUUAGUAUACCGAUGCGACCGGGUCUAACGAUGGCAUCGCCAAGCCUAUGGGGUAAGACGACAAAACGAAAACAUGAAGCGGAUCGAUAUGAGCCGUAUUCUGCUUCUUUGCAUAAGCGAAGAGCAGUGUCACCCGUUACAAUUGCAUCAGCAGGAACGGGGGGUGGAGCAGGACAUUCGAUCGCAGCUGCGGCUGCUGCUACUGCUGCAGCUUGGCAAAGACAGAGAGCACGUUCAAGUACGCCUACAACGACAGCACAAUCGCCACUACUGCAAGCUAUCCCUCAACAACAAUCACCUUUGCUUUCAAUUCAAACAAACAGCAAUAUGGGAUAUUUCAACAAUCUGCCCAUGCCGACUCCACUCUCGAUUCCCUCUCCAACAUUAUCCGUCACACGAGCAAUGUCAGGAACAAUAAAUGGAGCAGGAGGAUAUUUAGGAGCAAAUGCACAAUCCCUAUCAAAGAGUUUGCCGCCUGGGUUGAGCAAUAAUGCAGCACGUAUGAAUGUGACGAAUUCAAAUGGAUCAACGAUGAAUGCAUCUGAAAGUCCAUCAUCUACACGACCAUCAACGCCAACAAAUGUGACUUUACCUGCAUCAAGAGGUGGAACGGCAGCGAAUGGUGGAGGAGGAAGUGGUCCAGGAUAUGGAAGUGGUGCUUUGGGAUUAAGCUUAGGAAGUGGAACGAGCAAAAAGUUUAAGCAGGAGCAAGAAGAACAGGAAGAACAAGAAGAUAUGCUUGACGAUGUCAAUGCGAUUCGAUUGGGUGAAAUGUGAAAUGGGAAUGGAAUUGGUCGUGUAAUGUAUUAUUUUGUGUAGAUUAAUGUACCAUUAUAGGCAAUGAAUUGUUUUGAAUACA